UUCUAAAAGGAGUGCGACAACAAAUCGACUUAUCGAUUGUACCAAUCGAUCAAUUACUAUCGAAAAAUCGUGAAUGCUCCUUUUAGCGCUGGAAGCGCAGGCGUGUUCGCGUAUGGUGUAACUGUGCGUGAAUGAAGUGAAUUUAUGGGUGUGGAAUUUAUAUGAAAAGUAAAAAACCAUGCCUCGAAGUAAAGCUACUGAAGAGACUGAUAAGCUUACAAGAAUAGCAAUUGUGACUGCUGAUAAAUGUAAGCCCAAGCGAUGUCGCCAAGAAUGCAAAAAAUCAUGUCCUGUUGUGAGAAUGGGAAAAUUAUGUAUUGAAGUGACUCCAAAUGAUAAGAUUGCAGCGAUAUCAGAAGAACUAUGUAUUGGUUGUGGUAUUUGUGUGAAGAAAUGUCCAUUUGAAGCCAUCAAUAUAAUAAAUCUGCCUAGCAAUUUGGAGAAAGAUACAACUCACAGAUAUUCUCAGAAUUCAUUUAAGUUACAUAGACUUCCAAUUCCGAGACCUGGUGAAGUCUUAGGUCUGGUGGGUACAAAUGGAAUUGGGAAGUCCACAGCAUUGAAAAUUCUUGCUGGCAAACAAAAACCCAACUUAGGCCGCUACACUGAUCCCCCAGACUGGACAGAAAUAUUGAGCCAUUUUCGUGGUUCUGAGUUACAAAAUUACUUCACCAAAAUUCUGGAAGAUGACCUAAAGGCUCUUAUUAAACCUCAAUAUGUAGAUCAAAUUCCAAAAGCUGUAAAGGGAACUGUCCAACAGCUUUUAGAUAAGAAAGAUGAACGUAGAAAUCAGGAUGAAAUUUGCAAUCUUCUAGAUCUUAAAAAUAUUAGAAAUAGAAGUAUUGAAGCAUUAUCUGGAGGAGAAUUGCAGAGAUUUGCUUGUGCUAUGGUCUGUAUCCAGGAUGGGGAUAUUUUUAUGUUUGAUGAACCAUCUAGUUAUUUAGAUGUGAAGCAACGACUUAAUGCUGCUUUGACAAUUCGUUCUUUGAUGCAUCCUGACAAAUUUAUUAUUGUUGUGGAGCAUGACCUGUCAGUAUUGGACUAUUUAUCAGAUUUUAUAUGUUGCCUUUAUGGUGUACCAGGUGCAUAUGGUGUUGUAACUAUGCCGUUCUCUGUUCGGGAAGGCAUUAAUAUUUUCUUGGAUGGCUUUGUCCCUACUGAAAAUCUGCGUUUCCGAGAUGAAUCUCUUAUAUUUAAGGUGGCAGAAUCUGCCACAGAAGAGGAAGUGAAACGUAUGAAUCAUUAUGAAUAUCCAAAAAUGAGCAAAUCUAUGGGUAGUUUCCAUUUAACUGUACGAAAUGGUCAGUUUUCUGAUUCUGAAAUUUUGGUUCUUCUUGGUGAAAAUGGGACUGGAAAAACCACAUUUAUUAGAAUGCUUGCUGGGAAAUUAGAACCAGAUGAAGGCUUUUCAACUAUACCUCAAUUAAACAUUAGUUACAAGCCUCAAAAAAUUAGUCCCAAAUCGCAAGGCAUAGUUCGUCAGCUGCUUCAUGAGAAGAUUAGAGAUGCUUAUGUCCAUCCUCAGUUUGUUACAGAUGUUAUGAAACCUUUGAAAAUGGAUGACAUCAUGGAUCAAGAAGUACAGAAUUUAUCUGGAGGAGAACUUCAACGUGUAGCUUUGGCUUUGUGUUUAGGAAAGCCUGCCGAUGUUUACUUGAUUGAUGAGCCAUCUGCCUAUUUGGACUCUGAACAGCGUUUAGUAGCAGCAAAAGUUAUAAAAAGAUUCAUUUUGCAUGCCAAGAAGACUGGAUUUGUUGUAGAGCACGACUUCAUUAUGGCUACUUACUUAGCUGACCGUGUCAUUGUAUUCGAAGGUUCACCAUCUGUUGAUACAACAGCUCAUACACCACAAAAUCUUUUGGCUGGCAUGAAUAGGUUUUUGGAACUUUUGGGAAUAACUUUCCGACGUGAUCCCAAUAAUUUCCGACCUAGGAUAAAUAAAAAUAAUUCAGUGAAGGAUACAGAACAAAAACGUGCGGGACAAUAUUUCUUCCUUGAAGAUUAAAAUCUCGGAAUUUUAUGGUAUUUGGUAUUGAAAUACAAUCAUGUAAAAGUGUUAUAUAAAUAACACAAGAACAUCAAUAAAUUGUGAGACCUUUAAAUUUUGGUUAUUGGAACUGACACCCAUUGUUUUUAGGAUUACUUGCCUGUUUAUAGUUAAAAUAUAAUUGUAAAUAUGCGGAACAUUUAUAAAAGAAUGACAAAAAAAUUUUGAAGAAAUAUUGUGUUAAGAAAUAUAUUUUUUGUUACAUUCCUAUACAUUUAAUUUAGUUUAUUAAUGCAAAUUGAACAAAUUUGUUACUUAAAAUAUUUAAGUAUUUUUGGUUAUGUAUUAAAUGAGUUUAAAAUUUAAUGAACUUGCAUAAACUAGGCAAUUUUUAAGAUCACAAAUAAACUUUCGUCGACAGAAAAACCUUUUUUUGUCCAUCAGUAACAUUCAGAAAAUAUUGGCUGUGAAAAAACUCAUUUUUAAAAUUUUGUAUGUCUUACCGGCAAACUACCAUUUCAAUUCCUUCAAUCAUUAUUUCUAACCUGCAGAGAGAUUGAAAGAAAACUGUGAAGCCUCCAGCCGUGAGAGAGAUUUGUGUGGUUUCCUGAGGUCCCCAGAAAUCCUGGAAAAAUCCAAAAACAAUGAAUGAGUUUUAAUUUUGUCUGAAAAGCGUAAAUAUGCAAGUGUUUUUCCACCUAAGCCAAUACUGUGCAAAUCUACUGUAUACACAGUGCAUCAUUGCUUAUGGCACAAUGACUUUGUGACAGCUAGGUUCCAAAGAAGAUACUGCCCAACAUUAAAAAUUUUCCAUUCCCAUGUGUUGCAUUAUGGAACAGCAAAGUUUUUUGAUAUCGAUAUAUAAAGUACUAUUGUACUGUGUAUCCGUAUACACUACAUUAUGUUAUUACAGUAUUCUUCAAGACUGUUUCUGUUAAAAUUUUUAAUUUAUUGCAGUGAUUUAUGAGAGCAUUUUAUUUGUUCUGAAGCAAAUGUGUUUUGGAAACCAUUUUGUUGUUUUUUUGCUGCAGGCCACUAAUAUAUUUGAAAGCUUUAAUGAAGAGUAUUCACAUUCAUUCGUAAGUUCAUAAUUCUGAAUGCAUUGAUUUAAUUUAUGAAUUGUUAUGCACGAUCAAUAUAUUACAAGAUCAAUUCAAAGAAAUUAUAAUUUCAUUUGUUUACUUGAAAUAGUUAAUGCUCACAGAAGUUUUUAUCCACUGGUUUGUUUUGAAGGGGAGAGGAGUUGUUUUGUAUUUAUUUUUCUAUAUUUUGCUGAUAUGACAUCUCACUUUGUCAUUCAGUUUGGACCAUUGAAUAUU